CGCCAGUUCAAAUCCACUCUUCGUGGUCGGAGUGAGAAUGAACAUCAGGAGAUCAAGUAUAUCUAGCCUAUGCUCGGUGUAUUGAUGACCUUCCUCUCGUAGGGCUUGCACUCUGUAACAAAAAAAAGCAACUAUGCACGGAUUGGUUCGUCAGAAUUUCUGCUGCCUGCUGUGAGCAGAAGUAUUACGCGGCAUCGCAUCCAUCCCACGAGCCAAGGUGCAUAAUUGUAGGAGGGCUAGGGCGAUUGGGCCAAGGGAUGGGAUGCCUGGGAGGAACCCGAGAGGCUUAGGCGUCGCCAAGACUGACAGGCGCCAGCUUUCCCCAACGUCAUUGCGCUCCACGUGCAGUGGAUUCUACGAACUUCAAAGUCCACGCCCUCUUUCACUCCACACCCUGGUCGGCGCCAGCUUCAACUUGGGCCCUAUCUGCGCUGUCCGGACUCGGGAUCUGCCCGUGAACCACGCCCCCUUCACCUAUCCUGGUUCUCCCCUGAGUCCGCAAUCCGCGUCCCGCAUCACACAACUGCCACCAUGAGUCGGACCGAGGCCGAUCUGGCCAUCAAUAUCCGAAAGGCUACUAGCAUUGAGGAAACCGCGCCUAAACGGAAGCAUGUGCGGAGCUGUAUUGUGUACACGUGGGACCACAAGUCAUCGGCCGCCUUCUGGGCGGGCAUGAAAGUGCAGCCUGUCCUCGCCGACGAGGUUCAGACGUUCAAGGCGCUCAUCACGAUCCACAAGGUUCUCCAAGAGGGCCACCCUAUUGUCGUGCGCGAGGCACAGCAGCAUUCCAAUUGGAUUGAUAGCUUGAUGAGAGGUGUCGGAGGAGACGGAGUUCGAGGAUAUGCGCCGCUUAUUCGCGAAUACGUCUUCUUCCUCGAGUCCAAGCUGAACUUCCACCGCAACCACCCCGAAUUCAAUGGCCUGUUCGAGUACGAGGAAUACAUCAGCUUGAAGACGAUCAAUGAUCCGAAUGAGGGAUACGAGACGAUCACCGACCUCAUGACCCUACAGGACCAGAUCGAUGGUUUCCAAAAGUUGAUCUUCUCGCAUUUCCAGUCGGGAACUAACAAUGAAUGCCGAAUUUCUGCGUUGGUCCCGCUCGUGCAGGAGAGCUACGGUAUCUACAAGUUCAUCACGAGCAUGCUGCGCGCAAUGCACACAACAACUGGAGAUGAUGAAGCCCUGGAGCCUCUCCGGUCCCGUUACGAUGCCCAGCAUCACCGUCUCGUUCGGUUCUACUACGAAUGCUCCAACCUGCGCUACUUGACUAGUCUGAUCACCAUCCCCAAGUUGCCACAGGACCCGCCAAGCCUUCUUGGUGAGGACGAGGAUCGCCCAGCUCUUCCCAAGCGUCCGACGAAGGAAGUCGAGCAUCAACCUUCGCCUCCACCCAAGGUGGCUGCCGAGCCAGAGCCUAUCAGUGACUUCUGGACCAACGAGGCCAAGCGUCAGCAAGAAGAAUACGAGGCAGAGCAAUCCCGCCUGCAGCAGCAAUGGGAUGAUCAGCAACGGCAGCAGAUGCUUGCUCAGCAGCAGGCUCAGCGCGACUUUGAAGAGCAGCAGCGCCUCCAAGCCGAGCAGCAACGUCUGGCGCAGGAACAGCUUCUUCGGGAUCAGUACUCGACACAGACCCAGGGCCGCCUCGCUGAACUGGAGCAGGAGAACUUGAACGCCCGUGCCCAAUACGAGCGUGAUCAGCUCAUGCUGCAACAGUACGACCGCCGUGUCAAGGAUCUGGAGGAGCAGAUGAACCAGCUGAACUCCAACUUGAACAUGCAAAAUGCCUCCAAGGACGAGCAGAUCCGGGCUCUGCAGGAACAAGUCAACACUUGGCGAACCAAGUACGAGGCCUUGGCCAAGCUGUACUCUCAACUGCGACAGGAGCAUCUGGAUCUUCUGCAGACCACCAAGAGCUUGAAGCUCAAGGCUGCCUCUGCGCAGGAGGCUAUCGAUCGCCGUGAGAAGCUGGAACGUGAGCUCAAGACCAAGAACCUGGAGCUGGCUGAUAUGAUCCGGGAGCGCGACCGUGCUCUUCACGACAGGGACCGUGUGACUGGUACCAAUAAGGAUGAGUUGGAGAAGGUUAAGCGGGAGCUCCGUAUGGCUCUGGAGCGUGCUGAGAAUGCCGAGCGCUCAAAGGGCACGGAGAUUUCCUCUAUGCUGUCUAAGUACAACCGCGAGAUGGCUGAUCUCGAGGAGGCUCUUCGGAACAAAACUCGGGCUCUUGAGGAGAUCUCGAGCCGCACCAACGAGCGCUCGGAGGACCAUGAUCUGGCUCUCCUCGAGAAGGAUGAGGAGAUUGAGGUCUACAAGUCCGGCAUGGAGCAGGCUUUGAUGGAACUCGAGGAGCUGAGGCUGAGCCAAGGCGAUGUCGACCAUGCUUUGGACAGCCAGAUUGACACGGUGCUCCACGGCACUGUAGCCAAGAUCAACGAUAUCAUCGACUCUGUGCUGCAGACCGGUGUGCAGCGCGUGGAUGAUGCCCUUUAUGAACUAGACUCAUCCAUGCAAGCUGGUAACCAGAAUGCUUCCCCACCUUAUGUCCUGUCACAGAUCGAGAAGGCUUCGGCUUCUGCGACCGAGUUCUCGACUGCCUUCAACAACUUUAUCGCCGAUGGUCCCAACAGUCCCCACGCCGAGAUUAUUCGCACCGUGUCCGUGUUCUCGGGCUCCAUUGCCGACACUCUGAGCAACACCAAGGGUCUGUCUCGAUUCGCUAAUGACGAUAAGGGCUCCGAUCAGCUGUUCAACGCCGCUCGCAAGUCGGCCCAGGCCACUGUGCGGUUCUUCCGGGGCCUGCAGUCAUUCCGCCUCGAGGGCAUGGAGCCCUUGCAGAAGACCGAUGUGGUCAUCAACAACAACCUGGAGGUUCAGCGAGACCUGCAAGCUCUGUCGAAGAUGGUGGAGUCCUUCCAGCCCAAGAGCAGCAAGAUCGCCACCAACGGUGAUCUGGGCGACCUGGUCGACCAGGAACUGCUCAAGGCGGCCGAUGCCAUCGACGCCGCCGCCCAGCGCUUGGCCAAGCUCAAGAACAAGCCCCGUGAUGGCUACUCGACGUAUGAGCUGCGCAUCAACGAUGCCAUUUUGGCAGCGGCCAUUGCCGUGACCAACGCCAUCGCCGAGCUGAUCAAGGCCGCCACAGAGUCGCAGCAAGAGAUUGUUCGCGAGGGCCGUGGCAGCUCGACACGCACUGCCUUCUAUAAGAAGAACAACCGCUGGACCGAGGGUCUGAUCUCUGCGGCCAAGGCUGUCGCCACGUCCACCAACACCUUGAUCGAGACUGCGGACGGUGUCAUCUCUGGCCGCAACUCUCCCGAACAGCUCAUUGUCGCUUCCAACGAUGUCGCCGCUAGUACCGCCCAGCUCGUUGCUGCCAGCCGUGUUAAGGCUACCUUUAUGAGCAAGACUCAGGAUCGCCUCGAAGGCGCCAGCAAGGCUGUUGGUGCCGCAUGCCGCGCUCUAGUGCGACAGGUGCAGGAUAUCAUCAAGGAGAAGCACGGUGGAGACACUGAUGCGGAGAACUACGCGAAACUGAGCUCGCACGAGUUCAAGGUUCGCGAGAUGGAGCAACAGGUCGAGAUUCUGCAACUCGAAAACAGCCUUGCCCGCGCCCGCACACGCCUCGGUGAGAUGCGCAAGAUUUCAUACCAGGAGGAAUAGUCGUGUCUCUUCCCAUUACUUCUACUCGUUUACCAACUGUCUCUUGUGCUUGGCUUUGUCAUCCCCAACUGUGUAUAUCCUGGAAUUCUUCUUGAGCCGUAUCUGUUCCCGUCUCCAAAUGGUGUUCACUCCAUCUGCUUUUCAGUAGCUCUCGUCUUGAGUGAUUAGCGAAAAGUAUGCAGGUCUCUCUUCACAUUUAGUCUCCCCUUGGCUAUACUCUUCGUAUACUCCAUCCAGCAACACCCUG